CAUCUCUCUCCUCGUCACUGAACGAGGGAAGAACAACACCAACAGGUUGCGGAUAGCAAAACGCAACCCGCUCUGUAUGGCUGGGAUAAUGGCAGCAAGUGUCCCAAGGCAGGACCUGGCGACAGGCUGGGACGGCGAUCCACAAAGGUACGAAAGACUAUUUAUUUGAUCUUCUAAAUGUCGAAUUCGUUUCGGAAUACGAAGGUUCCGUCUCCGGGGUACGGUAUUACUAGUAGAAAAGAAGCGACGUUCUGUCGCGUUAUCUGUUCACCAAUAAUGCUUGGAUCUCUUUCGAGUGUGGACAGCAGGAUGUAUUCCUUGAGGAAACACACCUUGUCUUCGGCUGUUGCCAUAUCCGGGGUGAUCGAUCAAACCCUCCUCAUUCAGACCUAAGAACAUCGAACGAGCGAACAAAAAAACUGUAUCCUUAGUGGAAUUAAGUGUGCUAAAGCCCCGAUGUAUCAUCCUUUUCUGAUACGUUACUAUCGGCGUUAGAGUCGCCUUUUUUAAGGACGCACGUAACGAUGAACUAGUUGAAAGUACGGCUAUAGGUCAUCAAGAACAAUGCGGCUGAUCGCGCAUCGUCUAAAUAUGAGCUUUUUUUUGUCGCAUCAGACACGAUCCAACUAGUCGCGGUUAAAAAACCGUUCUCAUUUUACGCUCAUAACCCAUCAUCUUCCGAUUUCCCCCUCUCCCUCGUGCUCACAUCAUUGCCGUUUGUGCCGAACUUUUUUUGCUUCCAUCCCCAAUACUCCUUUGGUCCGCCGCAAAUGCAUCUACUGCCGGUAACGCUGUGAAAAACGUAUGCCCAUCUGAUAAAAAUGCUUACUCAACAAAAUUCCCCUCAUAUGAUAUAAAACAACCAAACCGUUGCCAACUGAUGUUGACAAUACUAUGACAGUUCGAUGGAGACAAAUCCAACAUCCGCAACCAGUGGAUUAGAAUUAGGCAUUGGAGGUUUGAACUUAAUUUCAUCAAACAUCAAUAGUGGUGCCAACAUCAAAAGCAGGAGCCCGGUACCCAAUUCGGGGGACAGCGUCCACAGUACUCAUUCUACCGGAACCGCAAACUCCAACCAAGGCGAAAGCUUUACUAGCGGCGGGAGUAAUAUGAGUAGACCUCCGGGAAUGUCGUCCUUGCCUCUGUUGGUGCCACCCAUCGGGAAGUCAGGCCAUUCCAAGAGUUCUUCAAAUUCUUCCACUGCGCAUACUGCAACUCUGACGCCAACUUCCUCGAUUGAUGGGGGAGCUUCGAACGACUUGUAUGUCGGGCCAGGGGGAGCACGGAGUCAAAAUUCUCCCUCGUCCUCUGGAGACCAUCUUCCCGGGAUCACAAAUCUGGGUAGUUUCGAUACUGAUGAUGGCGCCCAUGAUGGGUUGAUGGGAUUGCAAGCACUCAGGGAAAGAGCGCAGUCCUCCCCCGGUCCGCCACCACGCGAGUUUUCGGCAAAUGCUAGGGGCUUUGUACCCGGGCGUCCUCGACUUCCAUCGAAAGAUAGCGGUCGUAGCAUCAGCGUUGGAAGCACUAGGCCACCCCUUGCUGGUGGGUCUGCCAUUGCACCGCAUACGGUGGAGGGUAUGGGCUUUCAGUCGACAGGAAACCGAAGCCGAGGUGCAAGCCCUCCUCCCAAUGCUGGUGUCAUUUCUCGUCCCGACUCACAAUUUCUGGGAUAUGGCAAUGGUGGAAACCCCAGUGACAAUAGCUUCGACUCUAUGACUCUUCGUAGGGCUUUGAGUAAUGAUACCUUUGGGGCAGACUACAACAACUACGGCGGUCCUCGCCAAGGAAAUGACCAUCUCAACAACUCAUUUAGCCAGGUUUCCCUGAACAAUCAGAUUCGAGGGGGACCAUCUGGGCACGUUCCUGGCCUAUACCAAAGUCAGUCUCAGCGCUCCCUGACGGGAGGACCAGAGUACUACCACGAGGCGAACUACGAAGCUGGUUUCAUUCCUCAUCGUGCGAACGCUAACGUAGAUGCGGACUAUGCUAUGCAGCAACAGCACCACCAGGACAUGAACUACCAUUCAUACGGACCCGGUGGACAUCAAUUCCAGCAGCCUCGCGGACCACAUAGACGAAGUCUUAGCCUACAACAUAAUUCCUACAGUGACAAUGAUCUGGCGGGGCAGGGUAGUCAGGGAGUCUACGGGAUGCAUCAUCGUCGAGGAUCAUUGCCCCACGAUGGGCAAAUGCAAAGACGUGGUGCCGAGUUUGAUCGUGAUUUUGAUCAACGAGAGCGCCUUGGCAAUACGAGCUAUCACCGGCACGAUAAUCGCAUGGUGAGUCCCGCGCACAGUCCGAUGCAGUCUAGUUACGGAAGCAACCACAACAGAUAUCCAAGCGACAUUAGUAGUGCCUCUUCCUCUUCUCCAUCGUUGGGUCUUGGUAGUAGUGCAGUAAGUUCUCGUCAAUGGCUGAAAUCUACUUUCUGGAAAUAAAUUUUUUUGUCUGCACUCACAAACAGCUGUUCUCUUUUUCUGUUUGGUUUGCGCAGCCUCUCUAUGGUCGCCACCGCCUUGCCCAUUCCGAUGAAGAUAUCUCUCAUCCGUUGGCUGGAGAGAACAUCGAGGUUCCAGGGGAGGAUCAAUACUACAAUGAUGGAAUGACCUACCAACGUUCAGCAUCGAUGGGGCACGCACCAUCUUACAAUACAGACUCUCGCCAUCUUCCAACGGCCGGUGCUUCCAUGCAGGCACCGAAAAAUGUGUACAACGUCAAGUUUAAACGCACCCAAAGGACCUUUGAAAUAGGGCCACGUCUGAAUCGACACCUGGAAGUUGGGACGUACGUGAAGGUGGAAGCCGACCGUGGGGAAGAUCUAGGCAUUGUCAUUGGGAAGGCAAAAAACCCUCUUGCUCGAUCAUCGAGUUUUGGGGCCGGGAUGGGAGACAUACCUACGGCCGGUGCGGGUGGAGGCGGCGAUCUAAAGAAGAUCAUCCGUCUUGCUACGCAUGACGAGGUACAAUUGCUAGGAAUGAAGCGCAAAGAGGAAGAAGAACUGCUAGAAGUUUGUCGCCACAAGGUCAUACAACGAGGAAUGCCUAUGGUCGUAGUGGAUGCAGAAUACCAGUUCGAUAGGCACAAACUCACCUUCUUCUUUGAAGCAAAUACCAGGAUUGACUUCCGGGAGCUUGUUCGUGAUUUGUUUAGCAUCUACAAGACUAGAAUUUGGAUGCAGCAGUUGGAUAAGAGCACAUCGGCGACUUGCCCAACGGCUCCUGCACCAGCUCCGUUAGUGAUGGACUACGGAACUCCCAUUAUUGCUCCAGUGAGUGAGUACGAGGGCUAUGCUCAGACCCCUGCUGUUGGGUCUGAUGACGGCAAAGAAUGAUUUACCUACAAACAAAGAUAGACAAUACACAAAAACAGGGAUGAUUUUGCAAAACAUAAGAACAAUAAGAGCAACAAGAAUAACAAUACAUCAUUGGAUGCAACAACUGAGAUUGGAAGCUUUAGGUCGUGACAUAAUCCUUUUGCAUUUCAAGCAAGCUUCAUACCGAAAAGUAGCUUUCCUGGGAUGUUUAUGUCACGCAAUCUAAUUCAAUGAAUUGCAUGAAAAAGAAAAGAAAUAACAUAAACGUAGAAUAACUAAAUAGUAAAAUAUAUAAAAUAUG